AUGGCGGAGGACUGCUCGGUUCUCGAUCCGUGGAUGUACCGCCCCUACACCUGCAACUCCGAAUCGGCCUUCGCCGGUGAGAACGACGUCCUCACCAAGGCCCUUCGGAUCUCCCUCUUCUCGGAGUCCGCUUCCUUGGCCGCAGGCGACCCUUCUCGCCGACAGGAUCCGCUCACCGGGCGGGUCUCCAAGAAGCGCAAGUCCCGGGCGUCGAAGCGCUCGCCCACCACCUACAUCGCCGCCGACCCGGCUAACUUCCGCGAGCUGGUCCAGCGGAUCACGGGGACGCCCACGGUCGAGCCAGCCGGGGAGCAGCAGCAUCGGGCGGCGGCCGGGCAGGGGAGCCGCCUUCUUCCGUCGCGGGACAUGUCAUCGUUCUAUUUCGACCGGGCCAGCUUGAGCCGGGGUGAGGUCGAUGGCCCGGUGCUUCCCGAGUGCGACCCGUUCUCUCUUCUUCACCCGUUCGACUCGUGGGGGGUGAUCUAA